AUGUGCCAGCAGGCUGAAUUUGAAAUGCUCUGCGUGGUACACGGUGCUCGCUCCGUGGCUCAGGGUAAGCCCACACAGAGCCUCGACUACGUCUCUCAGGUCGCGCGCGGUCUCCCGGCAGAUGGCCUCGGCGAUGCCUCGCAUCUCGACGUAUCGGCCGACGGCCUCGUCCCUCUCCCCAAGGCAUCUGUAGACGAAGUAUCUCUGCCAGACCUCCACGGCGCCGUGCUGGUUCUGGAGUUGCCAGCGUCUCGUGCCGGGACCGGGAUACCGCAGGCGAUCCAUCAUGCCGCCUGGCUUGGAAAAUACAUCCCCGUUGGGUGCUUAGAGGUAUCGGUGGAUGAAACCCGCCCGUCAUCACCCGAACUUCGCAGCUUGGUCGACCCGUCACAAGGGUGGUUGUUCUUCGCCCGGCCCCGGGACGAUAUCCCCGUGCCACUACGUCUUCCGGCUUCAGUGCAAGAUGACUUUCUCAAAUUACCCCCCAUACUGCCCUUUGUCGGCUUAUGGCGAAGUCGAUGGAUCCAGAUGGCGAUAAGUCCUUCCUCUGGCUAUGACCGCAUAGCGCGGAUUCGAAUAUACAUUCUUCCACAGGACGUUGAUAGACGCUUCAUUAACCUAACACCUGAGUUGAUGAAGGCAACCUCGCGCCUUAUUUCUUCGCUUAACUACUCGCCAGCAUGUUGGGGCGGCGCAAUCGACGCUGACCGUCAGAACCGCCCGACGCCGAAUAGCAAACACGACUUGCCAGAGGACCAGGGCUCCUCGCCCUUAGCCAUGUUCAACAGUGUCCCGUCUCCCGACCCUCACCCGGAGCUGGAGCCUGACCCGGACACCCGUGACGCCAUGCAGUGUUUAUUAGACAGUCAGCUUUGCGGCCUAACUACCAAGCUUUACCCUUACCAGGGCAGAUCUGCUGCGCUCAUGGUUCAACGCGAGGAACAACCGGGCAGGACUAUCGAUCCCCGUCUCCGGUCGGCGCUCGACCAGGAAGCGAAGCCUUGGUACUACGACGAGGUCUCUGGUUCCGUUCUGAGAGAGCCGAGGUACUAUGACGGGCUACGCGGCGGGAUACUUGCGGAAGAGAUGGGUACUGGAAAGACUCUCAUCUGCUUAGCCCUGAUCCUCAGUACAAAGCACGAACCAACAAAAGCCCCGGAGCCUUUCGUUGCGGAAACCCCCGCCAGGUCGAAGAAAGCGAGCUUGAUGGAUAUGGCUGCUGCCACGGCGAAUAGGCGCUCCAUACCAUGGAGACCCUACUUCGAGGCUUACGCUGCUCAAUACGGUUACGAAUUCCAGCAUUGUAUACGCGCGCUAACACACCCAGAAAAUCGCGCCCUGUAUAAAGUGCGCAACAUCCUAGUGGAGCCGCGGAAAAGUAUCAGGAUCGCGCCGCUCGUCGUGCCGCCAAAGGAGGUCUAUCUGAGCUGCACAAGCCUCAUCAUCGCCCCUGAUAACCUUGUCAAACAGUGGCAGAGUGAAAUCGACAAACAUACCACUGGUCUACAGGUCCUCGUGCUCGCGAAAAAGGAACAGAUCCCGCCGAUAACGGUGUUGUUGGAUUACGACAUAAUUCUCUUCUCCGAAACCCGCUUUGAAAGGAUCCAGAGAGAACGAAUGGAUGCGGAGGGGAAAGCGUCCGAUAUUUAUUGCCCGCUUGAGCACAUUCGAUUCAAACGAUGUAUUAUAGACGAAGGUCACAAAUUAGGCAACAGAGGCUGGAAAUGGAAGAGCGACGUGAUGAUGGUUAUCGACCGUCUUGAGAUUGCCGCUCGGUGGGUCGUCACAGGGACACCGUCGCGGGGUCUCUAUGGCGUAGACCCGCAGCCCCCCGUCGCUGGAGGCACAGCGGGCAAUGGGAAUGCUAGAGGAGGACUACAGUCUACUAAAAGGCAGGAGAGAGAGGAUCUGCAACGAAUCGGCAACCUUGCAAUCAAGUUUCUCAAAGUUCGACCGUGGGCUAACACGAAGGAGGAGGCUGGAGACAGCGUAGCCGACUGGAAGGUGUACGUAAUGCAUCCAAGCCGGCACGCCCAUGGCCACGGUCCCCACGACUGUUUAAAACGCGCCCUCGAUUCGUUGAUCAUCCGCCAUCGAUUGUCGGACAUCAGCACACUUCUUCCUCCUGUGGACGAGAAGAUUGUACUACUAGAUGGGUCUUAUCAGGAUAAGCUCUCGUUGAAUCUCUUCUCCAUGAUGAUAAUCUUCAACUCCGUACAGUCGCAACGCACGGAUAUGGACUACUUCUUCCACGAGAGACAGCGAAAGAGCCUCAUCCAACUCGUCAAGAAUUUGAAGCAGGCGAGUUUUUUUGGCGGCGUAUUUUUCUCUGCCGACGAUAUCGCCAAAUCCAUAAAUACCGCAGAAGAAUUCCUGCAGAAAAAAGCCGUCAAGAUCAGCAGAGACGAUGAGAAUCUCCUAACCGAAGCGAUUGCCUUCGCCAAGAUCGCAGCGAAGAACAAGCUAAAAGAUAUUAGCAACAAGUACCACACAAUGCCUUUAUACCUCGAAGGCUUCCCCGGGGGCAGUGGGAGGAGAUGGUCCCUCGACGACGACGACGACGACGACGACGAGGGAGAUGGCAAGGCCAUCUGCACCGACGCCGGGAUGAUUUAUGCCCUUCAGAGGUUUCUAAAUCCUUGCCUCGACGCCCCGACAUCGCUGCGGGUCAUGAUAGAGAGUGGGCGCCUCGACCGGCAGGGUGAAGCUGAACGUUCCCACAUCUUGCUGGCGGCUACGGACACAACCAACAACUCCACAGCACAGCCAGCUCGGGCAUCGUCGUUGGCCGGGAAUACCCCCCUGGGCGAGGACCACCAUUCGAAGCCGAAAUCCGGGGUAUUGGAAAAGGCGAUACAAUCGCUCGCCGGGGCGGACACAGCAAGCCCGGGGAGUCAUGUGGAGAUCGCGGAGCCUCUGGCGAAGACUAGGAUCAUCUCGACUAUUUCGGCCAAGUUGUCCUAUCUCAUUGACGCUAUCAUUAGGUAUCAGGACGAAGAGCAAAUCAUUGUUUUCUACGAAAACAACAACAUUGCAUACUACCUGGCGAGCGUGCUAGAAAUUUUGCAAAUCCAGCACUUGAUCUAUGCGAGAGCAGGCCUCGACGCGAAUCGGCGUGCCCAAUACGUUACGACCUUCACGCACAGCCCUAGAUUCAGGGUUUUGUUGAUGGAUAUAAGCCAGGCCGCCUUCGGGCUUGACAUGCGUAGCGCGUCCCGUAUAUACUUCAUCAGCCCGGUCUUGAACCCACAGGUUGAGGCGCAAGCUAUCGGACGAGCGCGCCGGAUCAGCCAGCAGAAGCCGGUGUCGGUUGAGACACUUGUAUUACGUGGUAGCAUCGAGGAGGUUAUUGUCAACCGGCGCAGGCAGAUGACACACGCCGAACAUAGCAAGGUCAAAUCAAUCCUCGAUGACAGACACAUAUACCAGUGGAUACUGAACGCGAAGAUCAUCCCGAUGCCUGCCGAUGACGAGGACGGCGUCGCGCAAACCGCCCUGUUAACAGCGCCCCAAUCUAUCUUCGGCCGGGGCUUCGGCCGCCAGAUCGACCCCAAUGAGGGAUUGGUUAUGGGGAACCCGGAGGCCAAGGCUCAUACGAAUACAAAACUCGGGGCGAUAGGCAUGGAUGAGGCUGUCCGGGUACCGUUCAAGCCUAGCAGAGGCCUAAAGCGGCCCCAGAGCCCUUCCCCGAGUCCCAGCACUCAGGGUAUGCAAGGCCCCAACGGGGGAACGGAUGAGUCGGCGCCCAAACGAAGGCUCCAUGUAGCAUUUACCGUCUGA